AUGCAACGUGUCACAAGGUCGAAUCAGUCAAGCGGUUCUAUUAACGAUGAGCUUCGUGGCUAUUUUGAAUCGGAAUCCUUUAUGGAUAUUAUGAGGAGAGUGGUUUCGAAUAUAGUUGCGGAAGAAUCUUUUCAACUUGCUUUCAAAAAAAGUGUAGAUGCAGCAGUGGCGAGCGCCGUUGAGCCUUUUAACAAGAAGCUAGCUGAAUUUGAACAAUACGCGCCACGAGUAACCGAUUUAGAAAAGAAGAUUAACGACCUUGAAUCUUGUCUGUCGGCAGCGCAAGAGGAAGCUAAACUUGCUAUAAAUAAAGCUAAUGAUAACGAACAAUACUCUAGAAAAUAUAAUUUGAGAUUUAUCGGCAUUGAAGAGAAGAAAGAUGAAAAUUGCACUGAGUUAAUCGUUGCAUUCUGCAAGGAGAAAUUGGGGAUCGUCGUGCCUGCUAACACUAUUGACCGUGCACACCGAGUUGGAAAAAAAUCUGAAGGGAAAACCAGAGCCAUAUUAGUGAAAUUCAUGAAUUAUAAUUCUAAAUUGAUGGUUUGUAUUCAGAAAAAACUUUUAAAGGAUUCCGAUUUUGAUAUUAAUGAAGACCUAACUUACAUUAAUAUGAAACUGUUCAGUCAUGCUCGCAAAUAUGCGAGCAAUAUUAAGUCGACUUGGUUUUCUGAUGGUAAACUUUUUGUUCGUGGUGAGUUAGACGAUAAAAUCUAUCGGAUUAGGAACAUGGAGGAUUUUGAACCCUAUGAUUUUUGUUAACUGCAUGGUAUCAGUAUUAUGGGCCCUUAGCCAUAUAUCUUUGAAUUCCUGAGAUUUGCAUGAUAACUUGUUUGCCAUGGUUAAUAAUCAUGGCAUUGUUUUGUUGUUUUCUUUAAUUAGCAUUUUGUGUGUCAGUUUAUGUAUAUUAUUACUAGUCUAUUUUUUUUUCAUCAAAUUAUAUUUCGGAGCAGCAGCAGGUGAGUAGCUUUAAUUAUUAUUUAAGCCUCCAUAUUGAUGGGGGUUAGUUUGGAAUGUUAUAGAGCAGCUAUCGGACUAUUUAAUUGCCACAUUUCAGUUUCAACGGUAAACUUUUCAUUUGUUUUUUUGAAUAUUAUGGUGGGUUGCCUGCAACUUUUGAUAGUAAUUGCACUUUUCUUUAUGAUAUGCUUAGACGUGGAGUUAAACCCCAGCUGGCCCUUACCCAAAUGUUAAUUUGAAAAUUGCACACUUAAACAUCCGCAGUUUGAAUGCACCUAACAAAUUUGGGGAGAUCGCUUCUGCCAUCUUAAAUCAUAAAUUUGACUUUUUGCAUUAUCAGAGACAUGGUUGAAUGAUUCUAUUUCUAAUGAUCUGUUUAGUAUUCCUGGCUAUUGUCCACUGAUUCGUCUUGAUAGAUCAGACGGUAGGCGCUCAGGAGGUGUAGCUGUUUAUGUUACAACUUCAAUUGCUGUCAAACGUAGAAACGAUUUAGAGACAUGCAUGCGGCUUCGAAUUGCUGUGGGUAGAAUUGAAAGUAGGUCCUAACAAUCUUAUUUGCGGAAUUUGCUAUAGACCGCCUGGAGGUGAUUUAAUUUCUAAUGCUAGGUUUCUAGAUAAUUUGCAACGAUGUUUAUAGAUAAAAUCAAUAUUCAGCCUAAUAGUCUUAUUACUAUUAUCGGUGAUUUUAGCGCUCAUUAUGACUCGACAAAUAAAUCUGAAAGUACUGAUUUCGGUUGCCUUUUGUAUCGUUGGAUGGAAUGUAACAACUUAUUUCAAGUAAUCACUGAGCCAACUAGAAUUACACAGCACGGAGCAACUAUUUUAGAUCUUAUUAUCACCAACUGUCCAGGAUAUUUUUUUCAUACUGGUACUCUCAGCCCGCCAUCCAGCCGAUCAUUCUUUGAUUUUUGCAAAAAUGAGUAUAACUUUCACAAAACAAAAAUGCUAUAAACGUUUUGUUUGGGAUUUUAACAAUGUUAAUGAAUCGGAAUUGUGUAAUGCUUUAGUGACAGCCAAUUUGGAUGUUCUCGCAUCACAUUAUAAUGACAUAAUUUUAAUUUAUGAAAAAUGGUUUACCUGUUUUUAUAAUGUUAUUGAGUCCCAUAUCUGUGACAAAUUUGUCACAAUACAUCCUCGAGACAAACCCUGGAUGAACAAUAGUAUUAGGCGAGCCAUAAGAAAAAGAAACAGGUUACUUAAGAUUCAUGUUAAAAAGAGAACUGUGACUUCUUGGGACAGAUACAGGCAGCAAAGAAAUUUGAUGAUUAUUUUUAAUGAUUAUUUCUAUGCUCAACGCCUUAUUGAUGACAGUUGUGCUAUCCUUCCAUCAAAUAUUUUGCAUUUCCAAACUACUAUUACGUUGUCAAAUAUUUAUGCAUCUGAGCGUGAAAUUAACGACCUACUGAAAAGCGUGGAUACUAGUAAGGCUUGUGGUUGCGAUGGUAUCGGUAAUAAGAUAUUGAAAUUAUGUGCUAAUGGGAUUACCACAUCGUUUACAAGCAUUGUUAAUUUGUCGUUAUUGUCUGGGAGUUUUCCAGACCAAUGGAAGCUUGCAAAUGUUAUUCCGAUAUUUAAGAAAGAUGAUCGUCAAUCGAAGCUGAAUUAUAGACCUGUUUCUUUAUUAGACUCGUUAUCUAAAAUAGCUGAAAAAAUAGUAUAUAUCCGACUGUAUAAUUUUCUUUUGGAAAUAAAAUUUUUAAAUCCAUUGCAGUCAGGUUUUCGACCAGGCGAUUCUACUGUUAAUCAAUUAACAUGUCUUGUUCAUAAGAUCUAUGAUGCUCUGGAACGGGGCAGAGAAGUUCGGAUGGUAUUUCUUGAUAUAAGCAAGGCAUUUGACAAAGUGUGGCAUAAGGGACUGUUAUAUAAACUUGAAAAAAUUGGUGUUAGAGACCCCUUGCUAAGUUGGUUCAAAAGCUGUUUAACUAAUCGUAAGCAGCGAGUCGUUACUGAUGGUCAAUUUUCUGAAUGGAAAAACAUAAAAGCCGGUGUUCCUCAGGGCUCUGUUCUUGGUCCGUUGCUUUUCUUGAUUUAUAUCAAUGAUAUUACUGAAAAUCUUGAAACGGACUGUUUUCUUUACGCCGAUGAUACCUCUCUUCAUGAUAUUGUUGAAACACCAGCGGUAUCCUCGGUUAAAUUAAAUAAUGAUCUUAUAAAAUUAAUGAGUGGGCUCACCAAUGGUUAGUCACAAUAAAUCCUGAUAAGACUAAAUCUAUGAUUUUUUCAGUUAAAAAGUAUCAGGUCUAUCAUCCUGAUUUGUUUUUUGAUAACAAAAAAAUUGUGGACGUUACACAACAUAUAGUCAUCUCGGGUUGACAUUAUCAAGUAAUCUUUCUUGGAAGGCUCAUAUUUUAAAAGUAUAUGAAAAAGCUUGUAGAAGAUUAAAUUUACUUAAAGGAUUGAAAUUUAUUUUAAAUAGGGGGACUUUGAACAGAUUAUACAAAUCUCUUAUUCGUCCAUUAAUGGAGUAUGGAGAUUAUCUGUCUUGUGGGAUGGCUGUACGGAAGGCGAGGGCGAUCUCCUCGAGUUUGUGCAAUACGAAGCAGCAAAAAUUGUAACGGGUGCUAUCAAGGGAACUAGUAGGCGUUCUCUGAUGCACGAAAUCGGUUGGGAAGAUAUGAAAACUAGACGUUCUAUUCACAAGUUGAUAUUCUAUUUUAAAAUUGUUAAUAAUUUAACUCCAAAUUAUUUAAAAGAGCUAGUGCCAUCUCAGGUGUUUGAGCGAACUCAUUAUUCCUUGAGGUCGUGUUCGGAUCUAACUUAGAGGCCAGUGGAGAAAGGUUCUACUGGGAUAGUACAUUAGUUAAAUUGAAGGAAUUUGUCUCAAAGGAGUUAAAACUGAUACUGUGAGCUUGAAAUGGCACGGAAAAACCAUUAAAACUAUCACAUUGGCUGGAAAUUCGACUGAGACAGACGAAUUGUCUAAGAUUCUGACAUCUAUAUGUGAAAGUUCAGUCGAAAAUCAAGGCAGCAAUACAGAGAGAUGUCAAGACCACUUCAAUAAUGACGACAACACCGAAACAAGCAUGGAUGCCACCUCAGGUAAAAGGCUGA